UUGUUUGGCGUGGGCGGCCGUGAUUUCUAAAACACAAAUUCGCGGACCAUUGCAGCACAUGAAAUCAGAGAGAAAAUGUUGCCGGUGGAGGAUUUUUGGUCCUCGAUGAUUAGACAGGAACAGAGCAGUACGUGGAUUGAAAGAGCAGGGUGAUAGGGAGAUGACUAAAAGUUGAAUCAUUGUCGGGAAUGCGAUGCAAUCAAUCCUUGAAAUCCGAUUGCGGUGAAAACGAGGGAACCGGUUGCCUCGUUCAAGGCGUGAGAUUUGUCAGCCAAUGAGGUUCCCAUGAUUUUGCUCGUCUGGUCUGAUCAGAGUACCAGGAUGAUGAAACUGGAAUUGCAGGUGUAUCCACUUUCCUAGAACACUCGGGCUGCUGGCCGGCUGGCGGGCUGUGUGCGUGAAUCCGAGCAAAUCGGAGCAAGAGCUGGAUAUCUUGCUUCGACCCAUGUUUAGACUGAAGCAAGUGGCAGAGUAUAUGAAGUUCUAGGAAUCUGUGCUGCUGCUGCUCCUCUGGGACUCAAACUGAAGAAUCAUGAAGGGAGGCUCUUUGUGCUGCGUGUGGAGUCGCGUAAGAGCCAUUGGCUCUGUUCAGAAGAGGAGUCUGUUUUCUUCUGCUGGUCUGCCCUCUUCUACAGGCUCGGCAGAAAGUCCCAGGAUCACAAGCAGCUUGGAUCGACAACAUAGAAAUUUCAGUGGGACCAGUCACAAGGGCCUACGGGAACUGAAUUCCGCGACGCGAGUGCUGAGCUUCGGCGAUGGAAGUAAUGGAGCCCUGGGACACGACGCUGAGGGAUAUGCAAGUGAUGUGUUCGAACCCGUGCCUGUGCACGGGCUGCCUCCGAACAUUGUCAAAGUCGCAGCUGGACACUACCACUCUCUGGCUGUCACCGACGAUGGCCAGGUCUGGGCCUGGGGAAGAAAUGCAGAGGGCCAGCUCGGUCGUCGUGUGGGUAAUUCCAGGGAGGAUUGGCGCAGACCUCGGAGAGUUGAAGGGUUGGAGGACGUGCAUAUAAAAGAUGUGGCGGCUUCUGGAGUAGUCUCCAUGGCCAUUGCAAACGAUGGCUCUCUCUGGUCCUGGGGAUCCUCAAAACGGGGCCAGUUGGGACUGGCACCCAACGUGGUCCAGUCUCUACUUCCUCAACGAGUGGAGAGUCUACAAGGCCAGCAAAUGUCCCAGGUGCUUAGGUUGCGUUAGGAUGGGGUCAUGGUCUAGCUUGCACCAGCGAAGGUGAGUUGUUUGCAUGGGGAUACGGGGAAGAUGGGCGUCUAGGAUUCAACGCGUUUGACGUUGCGAAGGAGGUAAAACUCGAGAAGAGGAUGCCAUCUCAUACGUCAUCCAAACCAGCGGGAGCUGUGGACAUUGAAACCGAAAAGUUGCUGGAGAAGGAAAAGACAGCUGUUGCUAUCUGGCGACCACAUCGUGUUGAGGCCCUGGCACAUGAAAGAGUAAGAAGUGUAGCGUGUGGUAUGGAUCACUCACUUUCACUCACUGAUAAUGGAGACAUUUAUUCUUUUGGUGAUAACAGUCUCGGGCAGCUAGGGAGGCCAGUCAACGAAGCGCCUAUUGGAACCGUCGCUUUUCCUGACGAAUAUCCUCAGGCGAUUGUCAUAGCAGCAGGACUUGGUCACUCCUUGGCAAUAUUAUCGAAGCCUUAUACAAGUGUUGCACUUUCAAAUUCUAGUGGUGAUUUGUAUUCAUGGGGAUGGAACAAGGCCUCCCAGCUAGGAAGGGAUGGUGAGUCCGACCGCCCAGGAUUGGUUGUAGGAUUGGAUGAAGAAAUGCUGAUUGCAGCAAAAGGUGGCAGGGUGCAUUCUGUUGGUCUUACCUCAAAUCGUGAAGUCUGUGUCUGGGGGAGUGGAAAGAAUGGUAGACUCGGUCUCGGCAGCUCCGCUGAUGAACCGUAUCCUUUUCCUAUAGAGAGUCUGAACGGUGUAUCCGUCCUCCAGCUUGCUUGUGGUUUUGAUCACUCUCUUCUGCUUGUAAGGUCCACAGGGUAGAAAGGAUGAGAUUGUUUGUCUCAGAAGAAUGGAAUUCGCUCUAACUUUACGUCAGAAAUAUCAUUUGGCGGUCUUUUAUUUCUUAACUUCUAAAAGUGGAUUCGCAUUUCGCCGUCUGU